AUGUUGUUGGUUGAAGAACUAUUUUGGAAAAUUUUUAAAAAUAAAUUUUUAUUUAAUAAAAUUUUUGAACAUAUAGAAUCAACUGAAAUUGAUUACGAUGAUCAUAAACAAAUAACUGUUUUUAAUAAAAUUAAAUUUAAAUAUUUAACAACAUUUGGUUUCUUAAUUCUAGAGGAGCAAUAUGAAUUAAUAAAAUGUAAAUUAAAAAGUAAUGAUCACAUUAGUUUUAAUGAUACAAAUUCAAUAAGAAUAUUUUUUAAUAUGCUUCAAGUGAAUAUUAAUAAAAAUAAAAAUAAUAAUAAUAAUAAUAAUAAUAAUAAUAAUAAUAAUAAUAAUAAUAAUAAUAAUAAUAAUAAUAAUAAUAAUAAUAAUAAUGAAAGUGAAUUAUAUUUGGAAGAAUCAGUUAAAGAAAAUUUUAAAGAAAUUCUAACAUUGGUUCUAAGAAAAAGAAGAGAAGAAUUUGAGAUUAAAGAUUUAAUAAGAGAAGCUGUUAAUCACGAAAAUUAUGAAGCAUUAUUAAUAUUAUUAAAUGAUGAAUUCAAAUUCCAAGUUUUACCAGAUAUAAUAAUAUUAGCAUUACAAACUUGUAAAAAUCCAUUAAUUAUAAAAAUAUUAUUAGAAUCUCCUUAUUCAACAAUAACUCCAGAUAUAAUAAAUCAUUCACUUUAUUUAAUUUUUAAUAAUUAUAAUUUAAUUAAUAAUAAUAGUGUAAAACAUGAAUUAGCAAUUCAAAUAGUAUAUGAUAAUUUAUUUUCAAAGAAAGAAUAUGAUGUAACCAAAUUACAAAAAAUUAAUUUACAUAAUUUACUUUUAUUAAAAUCAACAGAAUUACAAAAUAAAUUAAUAGAUUUAAAUAUAAUUGAAACACCAGAUUCUAUACAUUUAGAAUUAUUUAAAUUUUCAAUGAAUUUAAAAUCAUUUUUAAUAUUUAUUAAAAUUUAUUAUAAAUAUUUUAAUAAUAAUAAUAAUAAUAAUAUUAAUAAAUCAAAAAUGAAUGAAAUUCCUAAAAUAAUUCAAGAUAAAAUUAAUAAUAUUAAUAAUGAAGAAGAAGAAGAAGAAGAUAAAUUAAAAGAAUUACAAAAAUUAUUAGUAAUCGAAACUAAAUCAUUACCAUUAUAUUUAAAAUAUUUAAUGAAAUGGGAUGAACCAAUUAAAGAAUUAAAAGAUUUAUUUUUAAUAAAUAAUAAAUUUAAAAAUGGUUCAUCCCAUAAUAAUAGAAUUAAAUUAUCAUCAAUAAUGUUUGCCAAUAGAAGUUUAAUUGAAAUUAUUGAAUUUUUACAAUUUGCAUAUUGUAAUGAAAAUAAUUAUUUGAAAUUGAAAUCAUUAAAUUAUGAAAAAUUUCAUUUUUUAAAUGUUUUUAAUUACAUUAUGAAAAGUAGUAAAUGCAAUUUUAAGAUUUAUAAUCAAUUUAUUAUAAUUGUAAAUAAAAUUUCAAAAAGUAAUAUUACCAAAUCGAAACUACCACUCACUUGGAAUUCAAUAUUACCAGAUAUAUUAAAUAAUAAAAAUAAAUUAUUAAUAUUAAUUAAAAAUAAAUCAACGAUUAAUUGGAUUUUUCAAAAUAUUGGAAUGAAAGAAAUUUCCAAUACAUUAAAUAAAAAUAAAUUUAAAUUUAAAUCAUUAGAAUUACUUCAAUUUUAUUUAAAAAAAAUUAAAGCUUUUGGUUUAAAAAAUGGAAACUUUCUUGAAAUUGAUGCAACUGAAUUAUGUAAAGAAGCAAUUGAAUCAUGUAAUCUUAAAGAAUUAAAAAUUUUAAAUGAAAUGGAUUUAUCACCAAUAAAACCAUUGGAUAUUAAUUUUUCACUUUUUAAAAAACAAAGAAAAGAAGAAAAAAAAGUAAUCAAAGAAGAAGAAGAAGAAGAAGAAGAACAUGAGGAAGAAGAAGAAGAAGAAGAACAAGAGGAAGAAGGAGAAGAAAAAGAAGAAUUAUUAACAAUUGAAAAUUUUAAAGAAAUGAUAAAUUAUUUAAAUCAAAUUAAUUUUAAAAUAAUUUCAAAUGAUAUGUUUGAUAGAUUCUUUAUUGCAGUUUUAAAAAGUUUUCCACAAUUAAUUGAAAUCAUUAAUACCACAAAAUUAAGAGUAUUGAAUAUUUUGAAUAUUUUAUUUGAUUCUCAAUAUUAUUUUGAUGAAAAUAAAAAUAUUAAUUAUUUAUUACCACUACUUUUAAAGUUUGAAUCUAAAAUUUUAAAAGAUUUAGAAUCUCAUCAAUAUAAUUUAUUAAGUAAUCAAGAAAAUGGUGAUGUUCUAUAUAAUAAAGAAUCAUUUGAAAAUAUUUUUAAAAUUAUUCAAUUUUGGGUAAAUCAAAUUCAACAAUUUUUGAAUGAUAAAACUAGUAUUGAUACAAGUGGUGAUGGUAUAAAUAUUAUAUUUACAAGAUUUUUAAAUCAUUUUUAUAGAGAAUUAUUAUCAAUUAAAUUAAUUAAAAAAGAUCAAGUUAUAGAAGUUAAUAAAUUUAUUAAUGGAAGAAUUCCAUCAUAUUUAAAUGAUAAUAAUUUAUAUUGUACAAUGCGUUACUUUUUCAUUUGUUCACCAAAGUUUACAAAGUAUUUAAUGUCAAGAUCAACAAUAGAAAAAAGAAGAAGUAUUGAUUAUGUAAAAAUAUGUUGUGAUCAAAUAAAUCCAAAUUUUCAAUUUUUUGAAACAAAUAUUUUAGAUCCAGAUAUCUUUACAAUUGAUUUCAUUUUUAAUUCAGAUUUUGGCACAGUAAUAAAUAGAUUAAUGGAUCAAUUAACAGAUUAUAAUUCAAAAUCAUUAAAUUUCAAUUUAAAUACCAAUUUAUCCUACUUUUUACAUAUAAGAAGGGUAGAUUUAUUUUUUGAAGAAUUUAAUAGAUUUAAAUUAUUUGAUAGUAGUACAAAUACAAAUACACCUAGAACAAUUGUUUUAAAUAAUUUAGAUUCACAGCAAAUAUUAAUAACACCAUAUAAUAAAAUAAAAGAAACUAGUAUUUAUUAUGAAAAACUUCAAGAAUUAAAUGAAAAAGAAGAUCGUUUAAAACAUUAUUCAAUUGAAGAGAAUUUAUAUUUAUUAAUGGUUAGAGCUUUAAAUGUUAAUGAAAUUCAAAGAUUCAUUGAAAUUCAUUAUGACCAUCCAUUAAUUCAUAAUAAAAUUUUAAAGUUUGCUUGUGGUGCUAAUAGAUUUGAAAUUGUGGAUUUCUUAACUUCAAAUUUUAUUGUUGAUUUUAGUGAAUUUUGGAAUAGUUUGUUCGAUAGUCCAAACACUGAUCAAUUAUUUCAACAUUUAUUCAACAAUUAUCCUGAAUUCAAAAAUAUAAUAGAUCAAUCAUUAUCAAAUUUAAUUGAAAAAGAAUUUAAAAACCUUCAAAUACUUCUUUUACAAUUAUUACCAUACAUUUUCCAUAAAAAUGAAUACCAACAUUUAUAUUCAAAAUUCUUAAACAACGCUUCAAAUAUUAAACAAGUAUUAACUGAAAUUAUGAAUUUAGAUAGUUUUGAUUUAUUAGUUGAAGACAUGAGAAAUGAAGAUUAUACAGAUGAUGAUUUUGAGGAAGAAGAAGAAAUGGAAGAAGAAGAAGAAGAAGAAGAAGAAGAAGAAGAAGAAGAAGAAGAAGAAGAAGAAGAAGAAGAAGAAGAAGAAGAAGAAGAAGAAGAAGAAGAAGAAGGAAAUGAAGAAGUAGUAGACGAUCAAGAAAUGGGAGAAUAUGAUCAACAUGAAGAAUUAGGAGUAGAAGAAGGAAAUGAACAAGUAGGAGAUGAUGAACAUUUAUAUAAUACAGUAAAAAAUAUAUUAAAUUUAGAUGAUUCUAUAAAAGUUUUAAAAGAAUUAGCAUGUAGUAAUAUUGAAAAUAGACAAUUUCAAACUAAUAUAUUCACAAUUUCAUUUUUAAAUGGAUAUUCAACUCUUUGUGAAAUGAUUUUAAAUUAUUUUCCAAAUAAAUUUCAAAUAACAAAAUCAUUAAUUGAUAAAUCAUUAAGAACUUCAAAUAUUGAAAUCAUCAAAUACUUUUAUAAAAAUAAAACAAUUGAAAAACAUAGAAUAUUAAAUUAUGUAAAUCAACAAUUAAAAAAUCAUACAAAUUUUAAAUAUUUAGAUUGGAUAAAAUAA